GGAAGCUCCACGUUGUCUCAGCAUCAGAGAAAGUCCACGAGUCGAAGCAGACUAACUGGUUAUCAACUGCUGAUAAGGUGCCCUUAAAAAGAGGGCAAGUCUGUGAGCUGAGACACAGAGCUUCAGGAGGAGCAGAACAGAGAAGAGAUUUUCUGAAAAGAAAAGCAGGAAUUUUACUUGGUGUGUGAAAUCCAUCAUGAAUCACAGGGCAAUCCUUGUAUUAGCUGCUGCUAUUUUGGUGACAGGGUCCCAGGCUGAGCUCACUAGAGAUCAGAUUCAAGAUGCAUUCUGGGAUUACAUCGGCCAAUUGACGAACAAUGACCUAAAUGAAGGCUCAGAAAUCAGACAACAAGUCAAACACCUUAUUAAGGAUAAUCUGCAGACUGUCAAUGACUAUGCUGCAGAUCUCAGACAGAAGUUGACUCCUUACGCAGAUGACCUUCGUGAGAAGAUGAGAGUAGAUAUUGAGAGCCUUCGGCAGCAGAUAAGAGAACAGCUGGAAGACCUGAAGGAGAAACUUUCUCCCUUUGCUGAUGGAGUCCAUCAGACGAUCAGCAGGAACAUUGAAGAAUUUCAUCAGAAGUUGACACCUUAUGCUGAAGAACUCAGCCAACAGCUGAAUAAGAAUGCGGAGGAACUUCGGCAGAAGUUGACUCCCUUCACUGAAGAGCUUCAGGCGAAACUGGAAGUGAGCGCAGAGAACCUGAGGGAAGUCCUGGCUCCCUACGCUGAGGAGCUCCAGGUGAAGCUGGAUGAAAACAUGGACACCCUCAGGCAGAAUGUGGCUGCCAGAGCUGAAGAAUUUCGCUCCAAGUUUGAUGAGAACAUCCAGGAGCUUCGCAACAGCUUGGCCCCCUACGCCAAGGACGUCCAGGUUAAGAUGAACCAACAGAUUGGAGAAAUGACCCAGGUGGUUGUGCCAUAUGCUGAGAAGCUCCAGGCAAAGGUCAGCGAGCAUGUGGAAGUUCUGAACCAAAGGCUGAACCCUUACAUCACUGAACUGAAAGCGAAGCUUAACGAGAACAUGGGAACGAUGGACCAGAACCUGGCCCCAUUCAUCGAAAAUUUCAACACCAACGUCAACCAGAGAAUCAAGGAGUUCCAUCAGAACGUGGCUCCCUACACUGAGCAGCUGAACAAAAUCAUCAGUCAGAAUGUGAAGGAGAUGCAAGAGAGACUUGUCCUGAAUGGAGGCAGUGUUCAGCAGGAACUUCAGACCCAGCUCACAACUUUAUGGGACAACUUCUGGCAGAAUCUGCAGAACUAAUUGAGAAUUAAGAAGUUACUCAGUCAAACAAUGUGUCAGAACUAAAGGGUCCUCUUGUUAUCUCAAAUGAUAAUAUGCUAAAUGUAUUUAUUUUUUUGUCGAGGGGAACAUAUUAAAAAUCAAUGACUACAAUUCUAG